AUGCAAACACCUAAUUGCUCAAGCUCAUCACCAAGUGAUGAUGAUGAUCAUGCCAUGGAGAAUUCCAGAACUACCCUUCAGAACCAGCCGACCGGAGCACAAGAAACGAACGGAAACAGCUCGAGCAACAGCACGGUUGAGGAGAGCAUCAAGGGCAAAAAGGUCAAUUCGGGACCCGUGAGGCAGUACAUCCGGUCAAAGACUCCUCGGCUCCGGUGGACACCGGAGCUCCACCGCUGCUUUGUUCAUGCUGUUGAGAGAUUGGGAGGAGAAGAAAGGGCAACUCCUAAAUUGGUGCUUCAGUUGAUGAAUGUUAAAGGUCUUAGUAUUGCUCAUGUCAAGAGCCAUCUUCAGAUGUACAGAAGCAAGAAGAUUGAUGAUCCCAAUCAAGUUAUUUCGGAACAAAGACUUCUGCUCGAUGCCGGUGACCGACAUAUCUACAAACUCAGCCAACUCCCAAUCCUACAAAGUACCAAUCAAACACCAAAUUCCAGCUUACGCUGUAGUGAUGCCUUUUGGGCUAACCAAGCCAAUCCUAUGUUCAAGCCACACAACAUCUUCUCAUCAACGACAUCGAAAAUGGCUAAAAAUCGACUAUCCGAGUCAUCGACAUCUAUCGGGACCAAUUGCAAUAAUACUUACUUAUUAUCACCAAGGGUUUUCGAUUUUUACGCCAACCGACAAAAUUCUUGGAGAUUCCUAGAAAACGAUCGGAAAAUUCUUGCAGAUCAGAAGUAUGACUGGUCGACCCAACCAGCAGCAAACUCCACGCAACAUAAAUCGCCACACGGCCCUUGCGAAAUGGCCGCCCGAGAAGUGAUUAAUAAUAACGACGAUUCUAGUUUGAAACGAAAGGUAUUAUUAUCCGAUGAUGCAAAUAAUGGUCUCGACCUCAACCUCUCCUUAAAAACGACACGAGCGAACGAGAAGAAAAUGAAAACUGGCUCGAUCGAGGAUUGUUCUAACGAGGAACAUGUUGAUGAUAACAAUAGCUUGUUAUCUCUAUCCUUGUUUUCUUCCUCGAGUACUAAAGAAGCUCAUGGUAUUAUUGGGAAAAAUCGAGAGAUGGAAAUAAAUGCAACUAAUUUGGAUUUGUGUUUGUGA